CACGAACUUCCAAUUAUGGUUGGUUAUCAAAAACGGGGAAGAGGUGCCGAUGAAGAAAGUCGGAGACAAGUUGAUCCCCAAGACCGAAGACGACGAGUUUGAUGCCGAGGACAUCAAGAGGGUCGAGAAUUAUGCAAAGGCAAUAAAUAUGCUUUAUUGUGCCGUAAAUCCUGAUGACUACCACAAGAUCUCCUGCUGCUCAACCGCCAAGGAGAUGAUGAAGGAGCACGAGAAGAUCGACGACAUGUUCGACCGAUUUUCCAAGAUAGUCAACGAUCUUCAUGCAUUGAAGAAGACUUACACCGACAGGGAUCUUGUACGAAAGAUCCUACGGAGCUUGACAUCCGAAUGGCGAUCCAAGGCCGAUGCCAUCUAUGAGUCAAUCGGCACAUCAAAUGUCACCAUCGACGGUUUAAGAGGUAACUUAAAAACCUAUGAAUCUACUAUACUUAACCCGUCUUUGAAUGACCAAAGGAAAGACAUAGCAUUAAAAGCCUUCAAAGAACUAACGAUGAAUGACUCAAGCGACGAUGAUGAAGUCAAGCUUGUCAUGAAGAAGUUUUGUAAACUUUUAAGAAAGAAAGAGAAGGUUGAGGAUGGCCCUGUGUGCUAUGGAUGUGGUGAAGCCGGGCACAUCAAGAACAGAUGCCCGAAAAGCGGAAGGAAUGCUCAGCACUUCAAAAGGCAAAGAGCAUACAUCUCCUGGGGUGGAGACUCCGGCGAUGAAUCAAGCGAACAAGAGGAAGAAGAGGAAGCAAAUCUUUGUCUCAUAGCUCAAGAAGAAGAGGAGUCCGCCAACAACGAAAACCAAGAG